GCCUCAACAUCCGUAAAGAGAGACGGGAAGAAGCAGGAGGCGCUCCAAGCUGCAAUAAACCACUGAUGUGUGCGUAAUAACGAAAGAAAAGCUCAUACAAACGCGCACCUGUGGCCUCUCGGCCAACUGUAAAGUGGUGGACUAUGGCAGAUCAGCAGCAGAAAGUGACCCCUGCUCCUGAGGGCCCCACUGAAACCAAAAGGACAGAAGUCAGGACCACGGAAAAGAAGUGCUCAUGGGCCUCCUACAUGACCAACAUUCCCACCGUGAUCGUAAUGAUCGGUUUGCCUGCCCGAGGAAAGACCUACAUGUCCAAGAAACUGACACGCUACCUCAACUGGAUCGGAGUGCCAACCAAAGUGUUUAACCUUGGAGUUUACAGAAGAGAAGCAGUCAAGUCUUAUAAGUCCUAUGAUUUCUUCAGACAUGACAACAAAGAGGCCAUGCAGAUCAGGAAACAGUGUGCCCUGGUUGCUCUGCAGGAUGUCAAGUCUUAUCUCAGUGAAGAAGGAGGACAAAUCGCUGUAUUUGAUGCUACAAACACAACCAGAGAGAGGCGAGAGCUCAUCCUGAACUUUGCCAAAGAAAAUGACUACAAGGUGUUUUUCGUUGAGUCUGUUUGUGAUGAUCCUGAUGUCAUUGCUGAAAACAUACUGGACGUUAAAGUAUCCAGUCCAGAUUAUCCUGAACAGGACCGAGAGAGCGUCAUGGAGGACUUCCUGAAGAGAAUCGAAUGUUACAAAGUGACUUACCAACCUCUGGAUCCUGAUGAGCAUGACAAGGACUUGUCCUUUAUCCAGGUCAUCAAUGUGGGCCGGCAGUUCCUGGUGAACAAAGUGCAGGACUACAUUCAGAGUAAGAUCGUGUACUACCUCAUGAACAUCCACGUGCACUCUCACUCCAUCUACCUCUGUCGCCAUGGAGAGAGCCACCAUAACACAGAGGGGCGCAUCGGGGGCGACUCAGAGCUCACAGACAAUGGAAAACAGUUUUCUGCAGAGCUCAAGGCCUUUGUUGAAGAACACCACCUCUCUGACCUGAAAGUGUGGACCAGUCAGCUCAGACGCACCAUCCAAACUGCAGAGGAGCUGGGCGUCCCCUAUGAGCAGUGGAAAAUCCUCAAUGAAAUAGAUGCUGGAGUGUGUGAAGAGAUGACAUACAAGGCCAUUGAAGAAACAUAUCCAGAAGAAUAUGCCAUGAGAGACCAAGACAAGUACCACUAUCGCUACCCUGGAGGAGAGUCGUACCAAGACCUGGUGCAGCGUUUGGAGCCUGUUAUUAUGGAGCUGGAGCGACAGGGGAACGUGCUGGUCAUCUGUCACCAGGCGGUUAUGCGCUGCUUACUGGCUUAUUUCCUGGACGAAAGCGCAGACGACCUCCCAUACUUGAAAUGCCCCCUGCACACUGUCCUCAAACUGACGCCAGUGGCCUAUGGUUGUAAAGUAGAUGAGUUUGACUUAAAAGUUCAAGCUGUCAACACGCACAGAGACAGAUCAUUAAAAAAAACAGAGAACCAGGUGCCACCUGCUUUCCUCCGGAGGAACAGUUUCACUCCACUGUCGACCCAGGACCAGGUCAAGAGACCACGACUUUACAGUGCAGGCAACUACACACAGGCUCGCAUCCCUCACACUCCUAUAUUACCCAGCAUGCAGUUCUCUGAAGUAUCUGAAGGGGCAGAGCUUCAAAAUCAGGAGACUUCAAAUGGAUUCAGUGCAGUUAAAGACUCAGACUCGCCUCAGUCUUAAAGAGCAACAGAAGAGCUACUGUACUUCUCCGUCAUGUGUUCAUUUGAAGAAGUAAACUGCUUAGACUGUUGCACGGUACCAACGCAACUAACACCAAAUAAUUGUUCUAAGUGGUUUUAAUGUAGUAUUUAUGUACAUCUGUUUUUAGGAAUGGCUUUCAACUCCUUUCCAUGUCGGGCCAAAUAUAACUAGAAUGUUACUAGAAUAUAUUUUCUUAAAGUCUUAGAUUACACAUAGUUUGUUUCAUAAUUUAACUGAGAUUCAUAGUGAGUAUUUAUGUUUAAAGUUUGUGUUUAACUGUAGAUUAUUAUUUUCAUUCCAUCUCUCUACACUCCAAAAACAUAUUGACUUCUUUUUCAUGUAAUUAUUUUAUGUUUAUUCAAAAGUUAAUCUACUUAAAGGGCCCGUAUUACGCUAUUUUCUGAUCUGUUAUAAUGUUGUUUCCUCAUCAAAAACAUACCUAGAGUUUUGUUUUAUUUCAUUCAUACGCAAAACCAAACUGAAACUGAAAAGACACUGUUCCACCUUGUGAUGUCAUCAUGUGAUAAUACAGUAAGUGCUGUUUUUUUAAACACCAUUCAACUUCAUUAGAUUCACUUCAGCCCUGGAAUUGUCAAUCUUUACUGAACAAAAAGUAACUUGAAAAUUACCACUUCAUGAUGUCACAAGGUGUAACAAAGCAUUUUGAGCUUUGGAGAUGUAACAGACUAAUAAUAAAGAGUUACUCAAACAUGUGUGAAUGAAACAAAACACAACUCCAGGUCUGUUUUUGAUGCAGUAUAACAUUUUAAUCUGGUCUAAAGCUCACACAGAGUCAGUUUUGUGUAACCAAGAGCCUUUAAAGUGUACGCUACGUUCAAUUACCAACAUAUUUAAAUGACAAAUACCAUAUAGUCAACAUUACAUUUAAGCAACAUUUAAAUCCUUUCUCAAAUCAAAUCGCCCCUUAUCUUGGCCCAUAGGAGUCUGAAUAGAGGCAUUGUGCGUACAAGCCUCUGAAUGUGUUAUUUCACCUAAAAAAUGCAUUCCAAAAUAAAUAUGGUUAAUUUGUUAAAGUGGAACUAAACACUAAAUCAAUUUUUUUCGCGACGAAACUGUGUACAGUAUAUGGUGUUUCAAUAUCUACUGUUUCUAGUGCUUUUUGGCUGUUUUUAUGCAAAUUAAGUACCAAAUUUAUACAAAGUGUGUCCUGGCCACUGAAACUCUAAGUACUUGGUGACAUCACGCAAGACUGCCUCGAUUACAGUCAGGUGUUUUUGAUUACAAACACUUGGCUGCAGUAGCGGAGUCUGAAGUAUCGAUACCUGUUUGACCAAUCAUACACCAAGACUCAGCCCCUCCUCCUCCUCUCUCACUCUUUUCUUUAGUCCUCCAGACCCUGCCCAGUUCAGCAGCUCUAUUUGAAAUGUGUUUAUGACUUUAGUUCCACUUUAAUUCUUUUAUGUUGAUCCAAACUACAUGUUUAUAGUUGUGGUUAUUAUGUUUAAGUGUAUACGUGCAAUGAACAUGAAAUUUAAAGGAGCAAGGUCGCAUAUAUAAUCAACUUUUGAAUCUGUGUUUCAACUGGCAAUAGGUAAAUCCUUUGAGAAUUCACCCAAAAUAGUAAAAAGUCCCCUUAUGGGCCACAGUUUGAAUGGGGACAUUGUGUACAAAGUGUAUCCUACUGCUGUAUCUUACCCUGCUGUAAUGGAGCUGCAUGUUCUCAGUAGCAGCAGUGUUAGGGCUGCACAAUAUAUCGCAGUUUCAAAUGACAAGUCGAUUGUAAAUUGAAAUAAUCUGGAUUAAAGAAAUCUCCCUGCAAACGCAAAUGAUGCUGCCUUAAAACAGGUCAAAAGUUUGUGUGUUUCUGAAGAGUAUUUGGUUCUUGUGUUGGUUUAGCACUUCAUUCUCUCAGAUGUUGCCCUGUAAACUGAAUCCGGAUUUGAAAACUAAAAAUUCACUCUUAGAUUAGUAUUUUAUUUAUUAUGUUUUAUUAGAUUCUUGUUUCAUUUCUGUUAAAACUGUGCAGCCCUGUUGUGUAUACUGUACCUCACUGGAUCCUCCGGCCUUCAGCUCCUGUGCCUCUACUGUACAUAAAGCCCUCUGUGGGACAUUCUGUAUAGUAUUUUAAUCUAACUGUUGUUUAAUUUGAAAUGUAUAAAACUGAUUUGACCAAUGACAUCUGAGCAGAUAUAAGUGAGACGAGUUUGUUUGUGCUGCCUCUUCAAGGACACUACAGUAUUUGACUAAACAAAGCAGAAAGUGUCCUUAUAAUCUGUAUAAUGCUUUGCACAUGCACUGAUACUGUUAUACACAUGUAGUAUAAUGUGUGCCUUUGAUAAAAAAAAAAAAAAGAGGAAACACUAAAAUUGAUGUAAGACAUUAUUUAUGUUAAAGUUAAGCACAUGUUAAACUGCUGAGGGUUUUGUACAAGUUACACAAAAUAAAAACGCCUGCUGUCAUGAG